UAGGGGAUAGGGGUGUGCAUUGACUAUAGAAAGAGAGAGAAUUCUUUGUUUUUGUACAAUUUGUACUGUUAAGAUUGAUGGUUUUGGAGUUUCGUGUUGGGAGAGUGAUUUGCAGGGGUUUUGGAGGGUUUUUGAGAUCUCCUUUUCGGCUUAAAGGGGAGAACAGGGAGAGAGAUUGAGAUUUUUAGAUUGAGAUUGAGAUUGAGAUCGAAGAAGGGGAAGUAGUCACAGUCACACAGUCACAAGGCCACACCUCGUAUUCCCUCUUGUCUUUAUUUUCUUGAUAUUGUAGAAUUUGGGUCGUGAAAAUCAAGGAAUUUGGUCACUUCAUAACACAAAUCCUCAGAGAGUUAUCAUGGAGACCGAGUGGAGCUCUUCAUGGGACAUGGAUGACGAGUAUGAGAAAUUUAUUCGAAGAAUGAAUCCGCCCAGGGUUGUAAUUGAUAAUGAAGCUUGCAAGAAUGCAACAGUUAUAAAAGUGGACAGUGCAAACAAACAUGGAAUACUUUUGGAAGUUGUACAGGUUCUUACAGAUCUGAAUCUUAUCAUAACUAAAGCUUAUAUCUCCUCUGAUGGAGGUUGGUUCAUGGAUGUUUUUAAUGUUACAGAUCAGGAAGGAAACAAGCUUACAGAUGAAGGGCUUCUAGAUUAUAUCCGUAAGUCUCUUGGAGCAGAUUCCUGUGUUCUACCCACAUUGAGAAGGUCUGUAGGGGUGGAAGCAUCCACAGACUACACAUCUAUUGAGCUUACCGGGGCUGAUAGACCUGGGUUACUCUCUGAGGUCUGUGCUGUCCUCACUGACCUGAAAUGUAGUGUGGUCAACGCAGAAGUAUGGACACACAAUACUCGGGCUGCUGCCGUGAUGCAUGUGACCGAUGAGGCGGAAACUGGGUUGGCCAUUACUGAUCCACAGAGGUUGUCUAAGAUUAAGCAACUUCUUUUCAAUGUACUAAAGGGUAACAACAAGAACAGAGGAGCUAAGACUGUUGUUUCUAAGGGAAGCACUCAUACUGAGAGAAGGCUUCACCAGAUGAUGUUUGCUGAUCGGGACUAUGACCGAUCGCAAGAUAAUGCCCCAGAUGAGUCGCUGAGACCUAAUGUGACGGUUGUUAAUUGGUACGACAAAGACUAUUCGGUGGUUACCAUUCGGUGUAAAGAUAGGCCUAAGCUUCUCUUCGACACAGUUUGCACUUUGACAGACAUGCAAUAUGUGGUUUCCCACGCAAAUGUUGAUGCAGAAGGGCCUGAAGCGUAUCAGGAGUACUAUAUCCGGCAUAUAGAUGGGUCUCCUGUAAAUUCAGAAGCAGAACGUCAAAGAGUGAUCCAAUGUCUUGAAGCAGCAAUAGAGAGAAGAGUAUCAGAAGGGUUGAAGCUAGAAUUGUGCACAACUGAUAGAGUUGGGUUGCUAUCUGAUGUAACUCGCAUCUUUCGUGAGAACAGCUUAUUAGUCACAAGGGCAGAAGUGACGACCAGAGCAGGCAAAGCCCUCAACACCUUUUAUGUCCGUGAUGCAGCUGGAAAUCCUGUUGAUGCCAAGACAAUUGAUUCCAUCCGCCAAGUUAUUGGCCAGACGAUACUCCAAGUGAAGGGAAACUCUGAGAAUUUGAAAUCACCACCUCAGGAAUCCCCAACCAGGUUUCUCUUUGGUGGUCUCUUCAAGUCCAGGUCUUUUUGUAAUUUUGGUCUGGUUAGAUCCUACUCUUGAGUUGGUUAUUUCAACUUCUUAGAAUUGAUUCCACUUCCUUUAGGUGCAACCAUGUAAAUACAACUGAUCCAUUCCACUGCAAGUUCCAUGGCUGAUCACACACAUUCAUAAGUAUGAAAACAUAGAGACCUGCGCGCCUGUAAAUUCACCUUUGCCCUGAUUUCACUUGUUACUGAAGGAUCCAGUCCUCCUCUGGAGGUAGAAAGUAGAGGAAAUCAGCAGAGUUGUAAAUUGAAUGAUCUGGAUGGUCUGCACUGUAUGUGUAAUGAUGUAAAACAUCUAACCAGCUUACAAAAAUUCCAACUUUGUUCAUAAUAGAUUUACCAUCUUGUACCUCA